UAAGCAGCUGAGUCGGGCUGUGAUGUCAUCACACUACAGGCCACCGAUUGGUCGGGGGGUUGGAGUCAGACGUCUGAGUCAGGAUGUGACAUCAGAGAAAGAGACUGACGGAGAUUCUGGUUCAUUUUAUUCCAGCAACAACGGCAGCAGAAGUCUGUUCUGGUCCAACUCUGAGCAACGGCAGCAGAAGUCUGUUUGGUGAUCCAACUCUGAGGUGCAGAUGUUCAUAAACCUGGUGCUGAGGAGAGAAUUAAAAAGGGAUCUAGACGGAGAUAAGGAACGACCAGAUCUACCAGGAGCUCUGUCUCUUCAUAGCUGCUCAGCUACCAGCUGACUUUUCAGCAAAAAUUAAAAAGCGUCGCCGCUUGAAGUUUCUCUCUCAUUUUUUAACUUUAUAUCGAACACGAGCCACAGAUCCAGCAGCACAUCUAUCAUCUCCUCCAGGUGCUGAUUGUAGUGGAAAAGAAACCAGGCCGAGUUCAGAUGAGUGGAUACGCCGCCCACAGCCUGGCCAUCAUGACCGACGCCGCUCACCUCCUGACCGACUUCGGCAGCAUCGCCAUCAGCAUCUUCUCCCUGGCCGUCUCCUCCCGGCCGCCGACGCAGACCAUGACGUUCGGCUGGCACCGAGCAGAGAUCUUAGGGAUGCUGCUGAACGUCAUGUCCAUCUGGGCCGUGACGGCGGUUCUGGUCUGGUCGGCCGUCCAGCGGAUCGCCCACGGCGACUACGACGUGGACAGUGACAUCAUGCUGCUGACGUCGGGCGGCGCGGUGGGCGUCAACAUCCUGAUGGUGCUGAUCCUGCAGCAGUCCGGCGCCGCGCACGGACACGGACACGGUGCCGUGGCGUCACCGCGCCCCCGCUGCCGUCGCCACGGCAACGCCAGCGUCAGGGCCGCCUUCAUCCACGCGCUGGGAGACCUGCUGCAGAGCGUCGGCGUCCUGCUGGCCGCCGCCAUCAUCCACGUCUGGCCCGAGUGUAAAGUGGCCGACCCCGUCUGCACCUUCCUCUUCUCCAUCCUGGUCGUCGUGACGACGCUCCCCGUCACCAGAGACGUGUUCAGGAUCCUGAUGGAAGGAUCCCCGCGGGACCUGAGCGCCGCCGUCGUCACGGAGACGCUGCUGUCCGUGGACGGCGUCAUGGCGGUGAAAGAGCUGCACGUGUGGAGCCUCAGCACCAGCUACUCGCUGCUGGCGGCUCACGUCCACAUCGACGAGGAAUCGGACUCGCAGCUCUGCAUCAGGAAAGUGACGCGGCUCCUGCGCUCCGAGUUCGGGUUCUCCAGCAUCACCCUGCAGGUGCAGCGCCGCGGGACGGCCGCCCUGAGAUGAUCUGAAGCUGCCGUUACCGUGGCAACGACUGGUUUUACCCGAGACACGACCGUCGUGGGCAGAAACGUUACCGUGACGACACACGAGCAAAGCGACGGCCAGAGUCGGCGACCCGUCCAGAACCUGCAGGACCUCCUUUAGUUUGUCAACGAGCUUGAAACAUGUUCUGCUUUUUGUAAUUUUAUUAAAAAUCAUAC